CGGGGACGGAGGCGGAGCGGCGGGUGCGGCAGCCGUGCACCACCACGCGCGCUCACCCGAGGACGUCUUCCGCGACUUCCGCGCGCGCCGCGCCGGCAUCGUCAAGGCUCUCACCACGGAUGUGGAGAAGUUCUACCAGCAGUGCGACCCCGGUGAGGCACUAGGCGUCGUUCCCCUUUUUUUCUCCCUUUGUGCUGCUCAUUUCUUCGAGCUAAGCUGUGCCUUUCACUCUGCACCGACCCCUUGUUUGCUUAUGGAGCUCGAUCCGGUUGCCGUUCAGGGCUUCGUUGGAUACUUAAGCUCGAAUAGUAGCUCGAUUUGAGCCCUAACCCAUGUCAGAGAAAGAGAACUUGUGCCUUUAUGGGUUACCGAAUGAGACCUGGGAGGUCACUCUGCCCGCUGAGGAAGUACCUCCUGAACUUCCAGAGCCAGCACUGGGGAUAAACUUUGCUCGUGAUGGAAUGAUUGAAAAAGAUUGGUUAUCUCUGGUUGCUGUUCAUAGUGAUGCAUGGCUACUGUCUGUUGCAUUCUACUUCGGAGCUCGCUUUGGAUUCGAUAAAGAUGCCAGGAGAAGGCUCUUCACCAUGAUUAAUAAUCUGUCCACUGUUUAUGAAGUUGUGACGGGGAUUGCUAAGAAGCAAUCAAAAGCUCCCAACGGCAGCAGCAAAAGCAGCAAGUCCAACUCAAAACCAUCGAAACAGAGCAAUUCUAACAGCAAACCUGCAAAGCCAGCUCACCCGAAAGACGAGGAAGACAGCGGGCAGGAGGGCGCAGGGGACGAGGACCAAGCAUACCUGUGUGGCUCCUGCGGGGAGAGUUACACGAACGGCGAGUUCUGGAUCUGCUGCGACAUCUGCGAGAAGUGGUUCCACGGCAAGUGCGUCCGGAUCACCCCUGCCAAGGCGGAGCACAUCAAGCAGUACAAGUGCCCCAGUUGCAACAGCAAGAGGAGCCGCGAAUGACACCCCUGGGACGCUCCUCCCUGUCGACGUAUGUAGAAUGUUAGGAACGGUGAAGGGGCCUAGAACCGCUUCACCUGUUUAGCGCACCGGUGCGCCGGUGGUUGUACUAGUUCCAUCGUGUGUUGUUGUAAUGGACAUGGUAGCUGGCGGUGAUGUGUUGUGUUAGCAGGCUAACUGCUGUCAUUGUAGUGUGAGAUGAACUGCUAGAAAGUUGGAAACUGUUGUGUUCAGUAAUUAAUUGAUGCGUUAGUAUGUUUGAUAA